UUGGCUUGGCAUUCAGGCUCCCUCAACACAGAAUGCAAAUACAAAGAACAGCAGUACUCAGUGUCAGGGCCAGCACCAUUGGUUUGAAGAAGUGAAGUAUUUUCCAUGCAACAUUCCAGCUCAGCUGAAGAGCUGAGAAGAUUCCUUGCAACUGUGAUGAUUUUCACUCAGUAUUAACUCUGCUGCUCAUAAAGAGUGCAUUUGGGUUAUGUUUUCUGGCCUUUCUCUGCAACUGUGAAGAACAGAAACUUGCUUAAACAAAACAAAGCCCAUCCCUGAGCUUCUCAUGAAAUAACAUCUCCAGAAGUUGGAGCUUUCAGAAAAAAAUAUUAAAUAUCACAAGUUGUCUCCAAAGCCAAUGACUGUAAGCAGCUCAGAUGUGGACCAGAAGAACAUGAGAAAAUAUUUGAGUAGUUCCUGCAUUUCAGUGUUUUCCUGCAAGGGGCCAUCUUCUCCAACAAUCAAGAAUAUCAUAAGCAAAGCCAAAGCAGGAUCAGAGUCAAAGGACGAGGAAGAUGGUUCAAAAAUGGACACCAAACGUACCUCUGUUUCUCAGCUGCCCAGGAAAAUGUGGGGCAUUGAUGACUUUGAAAUUGGGCGACCACUUGGGAAAGGUAGAUUUGGAACCGUUUAUUUGGCUCGUGAACAAAAUACCCACUUCAUCCUAGCCCUAAAAGUCAUCUUCAAGUCUGCCCUGGAGAAAUCACAAUUGGAGCACCAGCUCCGAAGAGAAAUAGAAAUUCUGAGUCAUCUCAGGCAUCCAAAUAUUUUGAGAUUUUAUAACUACUUUCACGACAGAACACGGAUCUACCUGAUGUUGGAAUAUGCUCCAGGAGGGGAGCUGUACAAAGAGUUGCAAAAACAUGAGCAUUUUGAGGAGACUAGAACUGCCACGUAUGUAGAAGAAAUAUCUGAUGCUCUGAUAUACUGCCAUGCUCAGAAAGUGAUCCACCGAGAUAUCAAGCCUGAAAACCUCCUGCUAGGACUUAAAGGGGAACUGAAGUUAGCAGACUUUGGCUGGUCCGUGCAUGCUCCAUCACUCAGGAGGACAACAUUUUGUGGCACAACAGAUUACCUUGCCCCAGAAAUGAUUGAUGGGAGAACCCAUGAUGAAAAUGUUGAUGUCUGGUGUGUUGGUGUUCUAUGUUUUGAGUGUCUUGUGGGGUAUGCGCCAUUUGAAGCACCCACCCGCAAUGAAACAUACAAAAGAAUUGCAGAGGUUAAAUUCACAUUUCCCACAUGGAUGCCUGAUGGUGCGAAGGACCUUAUUUCAAAAACACUUAAGCGCACUCCUUCUUUGAGGCUCUCUCUCAAAGAAAUAAUAAAACAUCCAUGGGUUAAGAAGAAUUCAAGGAGGAUUUUCCCACCAGUUUAUAAAGCAGCUGAACAAUAAACUCGUACUUCCAAGAAAAGACAUUCUCACUCUGGAAUAUUGACUACUGGUGCUUUUCUGAGAUGGCUGGAUUUUUUUAAAUCCGAUUAGGAUUCAGUUUAUUAGAAUUAACAGGACUGGGGAGUAUUAGACACUAACGUAGAGAACUUUUUGUGACGCUGGAAAGAAAAAAAACACUAGUGUUGUAGGUCUUAAGGCUCAGGGUAGAGAGGUAGUGGGAAAUAGCUUGUCCUGAAUGUAAUAUUUAAAUGGCUAGGAGUUAAUUCAUUUUUAGAAAUAAAGCAAGUGCUAAUACUA